CAGUUUGCUGAGAAAGUUUGGAGAGAGCAGCUGCUGGGCUGAGAUCUGCUGGUUCCAGGGACAGAAAUCACCUUUACCUCCACUAACAUACAGGAUCUGACGCCUAGCAAAGAUGGCAAGCGACGGCUGCAUGAAAGUCACCAAAUAUUUCCUGUUCCUCUUCAACCUACUGUUUUUUAUCCUGGGGGCCGUGAUUCUUGGCUUCGGAAUAUGGAUUCUAGUGGAUAAAACCAGCUUCAUAGCCGUUCUCCAAAGUUCAUCUUCCUCUUUAAACAUUGGUGCCUACAUCCUUAUCGCAGUGGGUAGCCUUACGAUGGUGAUGGGAUUCCUCGGAUGCGUGGGAGCUGUGAAUGAGAGCCGUUGUCUGCUCGGAUUGUAUUUCUCCUUCCUCCUGAUCAUACUGAUUGCCCAGGUCGUAGCUGGCGUACUUAUCUAUUUCCAACGUGAAUCGCUGAAGAAAGAAAUGACCACAAUAAUUGAUAACUUGAUUCUGACAUACAACUAUAACGAUGGGAAAAACACAAGCGCUGAGAAUACUUGGGAUUACAUCCAGAGGAAUUUGAAAUGCUGCGGGUGGAUUAGCAGCCAGAACUGGACAGCAAAUCCUGAAGUUGCCAACAACACAGCCGUGUAUCCCUGCUCUUGUCUUGAAAACGAAUCCGAACAGAACGGCAUGUGCAGCCGAACUAACCAGACAAUCUAUGACAUAGGCUGUGCGCAAGGUGUGGAGAGCUGGCUGACAAAUAAUCUCGGGAUCAUUUUGGGUGUCUGUGUAGGAGUUGCAGUUAUUGAACUAUUGGGUCUCAUCCUGUCUAUAUGCCUGUGUCGCAACAUUCAGAACGAAGAUUAUACCAAGGUACCCAAAUACUGAAGAAUCUGAACGAUGAACUGAUCCUGUGUACAUCAAGGAAAGGGGGGCCAAAUGAAUGUCCCCCACCACCACAUGAACUUAUUUUCCUCUUCUCAGACAAGAUUAUAUAUAUGUAAAUGUCUUUAUACCCCAAAUCAUUCAAAAGGGGACAAUUGUUAGACUGGAAAAGUUAAAAUAUUUAGAAUUCCAGGAAUUUUUAUGUUACCAUAGCUGUACCUGCUGUCAUUGGUAUUGCCACACAGAAGAUGAAAUUUCAAGGAAAAUACUACAUUUGAUCGAUUUUUUUUUUAAAUUUUUUUUUUUUUGUCAGAAGUGAACAAAGCUUUUGGUAAUUAUUUUUUUAUUUUUUUACAAUUUUUUUUUAUUUUUUAUUAUUAAUUUUGUUCUUUAGUGUGCAGGCCAUGCAGGAAUGUUUAUAAGCACACAUAAGGUAAACAUUUAUUUUUGGUAGAUUGUUGGCAAGAUGUCAGCAAUGACAAAUCCUCUAAUGAACAGUUAGUUAUUUGGUCUUUAAAAGAAUAA